AACUCCGGCUCCACUUGAAAACAUUUCCCAAGCAAUUAGAAAAUCUGAGUCAUCUUUAGCCUUGUGAAACAAUGGCUUCCUCUUUGGCUCUGAAAAGGCUCCUCUCCUCUUCCAGGCUUCUCUCCAGAUCGGUCCGCCCCGCCGCAUCCUCUCGCCGCUUCUUCAACACCAACGCCGUACGCGAAUACGACAGCGACGACCGCGACCCCGAUGUGAUCAGCCGCCGCGUCUUCUCUCCGUUCGCGUUCCCAACGAGGAGCAGCCUGAGCCAGAUCCUGAACGUGAUGGACCAGAUGAUGGAGUCGCCGGUCAUGAGUGGAGGAGGCGGAAGGAGGAGCUGGGACGCGAGGGAGACGGAGGAGGGGCUGCAGCUGCGUGUGGACAUGCCUGGAUUAGGGAAGGAGGACGUGAAGGUGUCGGUGGAGCAGAACACGCUGGUUAUUAGAGGCGAAGGGAAGAAAGAGAAUGAGGAGGAUGAGAGUGGGAGGAGGUAUACGAGCAGGAUCGAUCUGCCGGAGAAGCUGUACAAGACAGAUGAGAUCAAGGCGGAGAUGAAGAACGGAGUGCUCAAGGUGUUUGUGCCCAGGAUCAAGGAGGACCAGAGGAAUGAUGUUUUCCAUGUUAAUAUCGACUAGUUUAUGAGUCUAGUGUUUAAAUAACAAGUUCCAUGUUUUUUUCCGUGA